AGCGACUGUAGGCGCUGCAGUGACGCAGUGUCUGAACCACGUUCUGUUUGGAAUCAUUGCAGACAGACACACACAGAGACACUUUUCAUCCGAAAGUUUUCUCUCCCGUUUUCACCCAUUCACUCUCCAGUUCUCUCCACCACCGCUCCAUUCUGAAGAACACAUCACAUUUCCCAUCCAGCCUUGGGUAUGAAACGCAGCGACCAACAAAUUUAUUUUCUAUGGACCCGCUUCUUCAUCUUCUGCAAAUGCACGUUAUAUUUAUGCAUCCUUAGUCUGGGAUUAGGGACAGCAAAUGCAGACUCAGGCGUGUUCCUGAUCUACAGUGAUGAGCUGCAGGGCUGUCUGGAGAUGAUGGACACAGCGCUGCGGCUCUCUCGCUCCUGUAACGAGUCGAACCCGGCGCAGCAGUGGACCUGGGUGUCGCGGAGACGCCUCUUUAACCUGGGCUCCACGCAAUGCUUGGGCCUCUCAGGCACCAACACUAGCAGCCCCGAGCUGGGCAUGUACAAUUGUGACCGUGAGUACUACAUGGUGUGGAACUGCAAGUCCCUGGGAGAGAAGAUAAGCCAGCACAUCUCCCCUGGCAACACCUCGCUCAGCCCCUCGGACCACGGAGACCAGGCCCGUGACAGCCAGUGGAGGGUCUACGGGACCAACCAGGACCUGUGUUCCAAGCCUUAUCAUGAGAUCUACACCAUCCAAGGAAACUCCCAUGGCAAGCCAUGCACCAUCCCCUUCAAGUAUGACAAUCACUGGUUCCAUGAGUGCACCAGCACGGGUCGAGAGGACGGCCAUCUCUGGUGUGCUACCACUGCGGACUAUGGCAAGGACGAGCGCUGGGGCUUCUGUCCGGUCAAGAGCCCCGGCUGUGAGACAUUCUGGGAUAAGGACCCGAUGACCAACAGCUGCUACCAGUUCAACUUCCAAUCAACGUUGUCAUGGAGCGAGGCGAGGGUCAGCUGUCAACAGCAGGGGGCAGACCUGCUGAGCAUUAACGAGAUCCACGAGCAGACCUACAUUAACGGCUUGCUGACUGGGUACAGCUCCUCCUUGUGGAUUGGCCUCAAUGACCUGGACAUCAACGGAGGCUGGCAGUGGUCAGACGCUUCUCCUCUCAAAUAUCUCAACUGGGAACCAGACCAGCCGGAUAACUCUGAGGAGGACAGCUGUGGUGUUAUCCGGACCGAGACUUCCGGUCGCUGGCAGAACAAAAACUGCGAAAUGGCGCUGCCCUAUGUUUGUAAGAAGAAACCCAACACGACCCCAAACACUACUACAGCAGAAACAUACCAGAGGGUGGAGUGCGAUGGAGCUUGGCAGCAGUUCCAGUCCAGCUGUUAUCUUCGCAACAGUGAGAAGACGAGCUGGCCGGAGGCCCGUCAAGCCUGUCACAAAAUGGAGGCGGACCUUGUGAGCAUCCACACCCUGCUCGAGCUCGAGUUUGUCGUCAAGUACAUGAAGCGCGAUGUGGAUGAGCUGUGGAUCGGUCUGAACGAUGGCAAGCAGCAGAUGAACUUUGAGUGGUCUGACGGCACCCAAGUUCUCUUCACCUUUUGGCACCCCUUCGAGCCCAACAACUUCGGCAACAACAAGGAGGACUGUGUGACCAUCUGGGGGCCUGAGGGCCGCUGGAAUGACAGCCCCUGUAACAUGACACUGCCGUCCAUCUGCAAGAAAGAGGGCCGAAAGACCGACAAGAAGGAAGAGGACCACGAAUGUGAGAAGGGUUGGAAGUGGCACAGUCCGUCUUGCUAUUGGUUAGGAGAGGAGCUCCUGUCCUUUGAGGAAGCGCGGAAGGCAUGUUCUGUCAAAGAGUCGAACCUCGUCACCAUCACCAACAGGUUCGAGCAGGCCUUUGUCAGCAGUCUGGUCUACCGCCGGACAAACGAUUUAAUCUGGACCGCACUCCACGACCAGAACAGGACUGGCUCGUUCCGCUGGCUCAGUGGUGAUGAGGUCACAUACACCAACUGGAACCGGGACCAGCCAGGGUACAGCAAAGGUGGCUGUGUGGUCUUGACGACAGGCAGCUCCACAGGUCUGUGGGAGGUGAGGGACUGUAAAACCAGAGCCAAGUACAUCUGUAGACAAAACCAGGACACCUCAGUGAGCCCAGAGCUGCCAGUGCCCGUGCCCACCCCGAGUCUAACUGGGACCUGCCCAAGAGGCUGGAGCACCUCCAGCUCCCUAUACCACUGCUACAAGGUGUUCCACUACCCGAGGGUCCAGGACAAGCUGAGCUGGAUUCAGGCCCACCUGUUCUGCCGGGAGCAGGGCGCUCAGCUCGUCAGCAUUGCCAGCUUCGAAGAGGAUCAGUUUGUCUCCCAGAUUCUGCAUGAACUCUUCGGGGAGUCAGACGACCACGAGCAGCACUGGUUCUGGAUCGGACUGAACCGGAAAAAUCCACUGGACAACUGGAGCUGGAAGUGGAGUGAUGGCCUGGGGUACUCUUAUCACAACUUUGGCCGUUAUCAACACGAGGAUGAUUUCCGGCAGUGUGCCGUGGCAGACUUGGGCACCAUGCAGUGGCUGGCUAUGCAGUGUGAGUCUGAGCUUGACUGGAUCUGCAAGAUUCCCAAGGGGACUGACGUGAAAGAGCCAGAAAUGAAUGAAGAAAAUGGCUCGAAGGAGUGGGUGCGGUUCCAGGAUGUGGAGUACAAGUUCUUUGACCAUCACGCUACCUGGAUGCAGGCCCAGCGAAUUUGCACCUGGUUCGGUGGGUAUCUCGCCUCCAUCCACAGCCAGGAAGAGCUUGACUUUCUCGGGAAGGCCCUACUCAAGCGACCCAAAGCUCAAAACCAGCACUGGUGGAUUGGAAUGCACACCUAUGAAAACGAUGGCCGCUUCAGGUGGUCUGACCGGUCUGUUCUGAACUUUGUGUCCUGGGCACAAGAAAAGCCUCGUCCUGUCUCCAGAGAGAAGAAGUGUGUGUACAUGACACCCAAAAGUGAGGAAUGGGGUGACCAGAAGUGCUUCACUGAUUUACCGUACAUCUGCAAACGGACCAACACAAGCAGCCAGAUCAGCCCCCUGCCUCCAGCACCGACACCCGCCCCUGGGGGCUGCCCAAAGGGCUGGCUUCCCUUCAUCAAUAAGUGCUUCAAGAUCUACGGGUGGAAUGAGAAUGAUAGAGUCACAUGGCUGGCAGCAAAGGGAGCAUGUGAGAGACAGGACAGUGCACUGGCCACCAUCUCCAACCACCUGGAGCAAGCUUUUAUCACAACCCUCCUUCCAAAUGUAACCUUCGACUUGUGGAUUGGCCUUCAGGAUUCCAAAAAUGAUUUCCAGUGGAUUGGGAAGGAGCCUUUGAAAUACGUCAACUGGGCUCCUGGCAAACCUUCAGGACACCGGGACAACAUGAGCACAAAAACAACUGCCAUGAACUGCGCUGUGGUUUGGCAUGGAGAUCCCCAUUACUACACUGGCCGCUGGGACGACAGGCGCUGUGCGCAGGAAAGAAGUGGCUUCAUCUGCCAGAAAUAUAAAAAUCAGUAUAUCAUCCCAGCCUCUGUGGAUGCCUUUCCCCCAUCCCCCAGCUCCCCCCUGCAGUACCGCAAUCGCACAUACCGCGUCGUGAAGAAGCCGCUGAGCUGGGAGGAGGCUAUGUUGCUGUGUGAGUCUCGCAACGCCUCGCUGGCCAGCAUCCAUGAUCCAUACCAGCAGGCCUACCUCACCCAGCUCAUCAACAGCCUGGAAAAACCGCUAUGGAUCGGGCUUUACAAGAAUAUGGGUUGGAGCUUCUUGUGGCUGGGGGAGAAUCCAGUGACCUACAGCAGCUGGCAGGACGGCGAGCUGACCAGGACCUCCAGCUGCGGGUACAUGGGUGUGGAUGGACUGUGGAACACCAUCUCCUGCGACACCAAGCUGCAGGGCGCCAUCUGCCUGAUAAAUACAGAGCCGGUCAAGUCCCACAAGUGGAGUUCCUCUGGAGAAUGCCCACAUUCCCUUAAGGACUCCAACUGGGUCCCGUUCCGAGAUUCCUGCUACUCUUUCCACCUGGAGUACCGCACCACCCCCACGGAGGCAGCCAAGAAGUGCAGAGGAGUGGGAGCCACUGUCCUGUCCAUCAUGGAUGAAACUGAGAACGUGUUUGUGUGGGAGCAUAUCCAGGACUACGAGUGGCAGGCCAGCGGGGCCUGGCUGGGGAUGACCUUUAACCCCAAAGAGGGCAGCCUGGUGUGGCCGGACAGCUCUGUUGUAGAGUACUCAAACUGGGGCCAGCAGGACUCCCACCAUAGCAUGCUGAGUCCGAACACCUGCUUCUGGGUCCAGAGCAACAACGGGGUCUGGGGGCUGGGCUCCUGCACCAACAUCACACGAGGCGUCAUCUGCAAGAUGCCAAGAGAUCCCAGCUAUUCCAAAUCCUCUGUCCAGGACAAUAGCACGGUGAUUGCUGUGGUAGUCGUGGCAACGGUGGCACUGUGCUUAUUCAUAGCAGCCAUCAUCUACCUGUACCGGAAGAGAGCAGACAGGGGCCGUGGAGCCUUCGAGAGCGCUCGCUACAGCCGCACCACCUCCACUCCCACCGAGGCAGCCGAGAAGAACAUCCUGGUGUCUGACAUGGAGAUGAAUGAGCAGCCCGAGUAACCAUGGAGACAAAUAGACAGACCUACCAAACACACCCACACCAGAGCCAGCACAGUGAAGAGUACCAGAACACUGGGGGGGGAGGUCUAAAGAGAUGCAGCCGCAAGCCUGGGCAAGAAGAAAAUAUUGUUUUGUUUAUUUGUUUUAGUUUUUCUUUUAAUUUAGGAAAUAUUGCGGUACGACAAGUUCCGGUUGUGCUUUUCGGUUAUGCUUUUACUGUUAUGGUAUGCAUGUUUUAUGGACUCUCGCAUGUUUGAAAUAUACAUCACGUACGACCAACCUGAAAUGUAAAUGAAUUCACACUUUACCAAAUCACCAAAAAAGUUUUUUUUUUUUUGUUUUUUUUUUGUUUUUUUU